AUGCUCGCCACUGUGGGCUCCCUGUUGGCUAAAAUAUGGUCAGCAAUCAAUUUCUGGACUCUGUUGCUCACUCUUCUCACCUUCCUGCUCUUGGCUGACUACCUCAAAAACAGGCGCCCCAACAACUACCCUCCAGGGCCCUGGCGCCUUCCAUUUGUGGGUAACUUGUUCCAGUUUGAUUUAGAUAUAUCACAUCUGCAUUUGAGGAUCCAGCAGUUUGUGAAGAAAUAUGGAAACCUAAUUAGCCUUGAUUUUGGCAACAUCUCAUUAGUGGUCAUAACUGGACUGCCCUUAAUCAAAGAAGCUCUCAUCGACAAUGAACAAAACUUUUUAAAACGUCCCAUUGUACCUAGCAGGUACCAUGUCUUUAAAGAUAAUGGAAUUUUUUUUUCUAAUGUCCAGAAAUGGAAGGAGCAAAGAAGAUUUGCACUGACAAUGCUCAAGAAUUUUGGAUUAGGGAAGAAGAGCUUAGAGCAACGCAUACAGGAAGAGGCCCACCAUCUUGUGGAGGUCAUAGGAGAAGAGAAAGGACAGCCAUUUGACCCUCACUUCAGGAUCUACAGUGCAGUUUCCAAUAUCAUUUGCUCCAUCACCUUUGGGGAGCGCUUUGAGUAUGAUGACAGUCAGUUUCAAGAGCUGCUGAAGUUAACAGAAGAGGUCAUAUGUUCUGAGGCAUCAAUGACAUCAGUGCUCUACAAUGUCUUUCCACUCAUAUUUAAAUAUCUUCCUGGACCACAUCAAACAGUUUUCAAAAACUGGGAGAAACUGAAAUCAAUUGUUGCAAAUAUGGUAGACUGUCACAGAAAAGACUGGAAUCCUGAUGAGCCGAGAGACUUCAUCGAUGCUUUCCUGACAGAAAUGACAAAGUACCCAGACAAGACUACUACAAGUUUCAAUGAAGAAAAUCUCAUCACUACCACUCUGGACCUCUUCUUUGCUGGAACAGAGACAACAACCACAACAUUGCGCUGGGCUCUGCUCUAUAUUACGCUCAACCCAGAAGUACAAGAAAAAGUACACUCUGAGAUGGAUAGAGUGAUUGGCCAUGGGAGGCUGCCAAGUACAGAUGACCAAGAUGCCAUGCCCUACACCAAUGCUGUCAUCCAUGAGGUUCUGAGGAUGGGCAACAUCAUCCCCUUGAAUAUUCCCAGGGAAGUGACCGCUGAUAGCACAUUGGCUGGAUUCCACCUGCCUAAGGGCAAAAUGAUCCUGAUCAAUUUGACUGCUUUGCACAGGGACCCCAAAGAGUGGGCCACUCCAGACACUUUCAAUCCAGAGCAUUUUUUGGAGAAUGGACAGUUUAAGAAGAGAGACUCUUUUCUGCCUUUCUCAGUGGGAAAGAGAGCUUGCCCAGGAGAAAAACUGGCCAAGGCCGAGCUGUUCAUUUUCUUCACUGCUCUUAUGCAAAACUUUACCUUCAAGGCCCCAACCAAUGAGAAGCUGAGCCUGAAGUUGAGAAAGGGCCUCUCCCCUUGCCCAGUCAGCUACCGCAUCUGUGCUGUCCCUAGAUAA